AUUUAAAUUGUCCCAAAUCUUCCUCUCAUCAAAUCCUUGUGGCUUCGGAUUAGGAAUAGGACCUUGCAUACACGCAUUUCAUGGUUCCUGAAUUUGAUUUUAUUCUGGGGUACCCCACAAGAAGAUGCAUGAUAAAAAAGGAAUAUAAAUAUCCCCUCAUCUUGAAUUUUUACUUCCCCAAUCAUCCUUUAUCCUCCCCUAUCCCUCCUCCAACUCAUCAUCAACAUGUCCCAUCAACCACAAUACCGUCCUGCUGACGAUGACCACAGCAGCCACGAUGAUAAACAUGUCGAACAUGAUCAUCAAAACCAAGAAGCUUUGCAUCACUUUCAACGUCCUACCCGUACACCAGGUCAAUUAGAACUUGGUGCCACUGAAAUUGUUGAAGGUAGAUAUGACGUCCAACGUGAAGUUGUUGCUUCUGCCGGUAUAGCAAACAGUCAUUUCCGUCAUGUUUGGGAUCAAUAUCGUCCUGAAUGGCUUAGUGCUUUGGUGGCAGAAUUCUUUGGUGUUUGGUUUUACGUUUUCGCAGGUGAAGCAGCAACCGCAACUUAUGUUCUCACUCAAGGUCAACAAGGUAAUUUAACCAUGAUCGGUUUCGCUUAUGCUCUUGGUAUCACGUUUGCUAUUGUCGUUUGUGCUCCAACAUCUGGUGGUCAUUUCCAUCCUGCUUUAACUCUUGCUCAAGUCGUUUUCAAAGGUUUCCCAGCCAGAAAGGCUCCAGGUUAUAUCAUUGCUCAACUUGCAGGUGCAUUCGUUGCUUCUCUUAUGGUUUACUCAAUCUGGCGAACGGAAAUGUUGGAAAUGACUGAAUUAUUAACGGCAGCCGGUAAACGUGCUCAAGUUUUCUCUCCUGAAGGACCAGCAGGUAUUCUUGCCAUCUUCCCAACUGCAGGUCGUAAAAUGAGUGAAAUCUUUGCAAACGAAUUCUUUGGUGAUAUGUUCUUGGCACUGGUCAUUUGGAGUCAAUUAGACGCUCAAAACGUUUUCGUCGUUCCAAGUUCUGCUCCUCUCACGAUCGGUUUGGCCUUCGCUGUGAUCGUUUGGGGUUUCUCUGCCGGUUCAAUCGUUACAAACACAGCUCGUGAUGUUGGUGCUCGUUUUGCUUGUGGUGUCAUUUGGGGUAAAGAAUGCUUCCCUUCCAAGUAUAGCGCUUUGGCUGCUUUGACAAACAUUCCUGCUUCUUUCUUGGGUAUUUCCAUUUACACCUUCUUCUUGAGCGACACACGUAGACCACCAGCCAAUCUUGCUUUGAUGCACAUGCUCGAAGAAGAGAAAGCUAAACAUCUUCUUGCCACAACCACUCACGAUGAAUUAUUGGACAAACGUAUCGAACGUGUUAUCAGCCGUGGUGGUGAUGCUUCCAAUUUGCAAAAACGCAAAUCACGCAUGUAAUCUAGUUACUUGGGAAAUAGUUAUUGUUGUUUAUCCUUUGAAUGAAUUUAUGAUAAGUCAUCAUC